CCAUGGAUCCAGAGGCUGCAGUGACUGAUCUACAACCCCUGCUGCUGUUCUUCGAUUGUGAGGCGGCAGCAGGGAACGUUUUCCGCCACAAUAUCAUCGAGGUUGCCAUGAAGUGUCAGCCAGACUUGCACCCUACUGCCGAGUUUGACAGCCUCAUUCACACCGACCAGCGCAUUGGUAGUUUUGGACAGGAGAAUGGGCUGACUGCCAGAGUUCUAGAAGGCCAGCCCACAUUCCCAGAGGUGCUGGACCAGCUGCUGGCCUGGUGCUCAAGUGUGGUGGAACAGGUCAACACACUCACCAACUGUUACCAUUAUCCAGUGCUGGUGGCACAUGGAGGAGAGCUGUUUGACUUUCUCAUGUUAUUCUCUCAUUGUGAGCGGCACAACGUUCCGAUCGACAAACUCCGGGAACACAACAUACAUUUUGCGGACACGUUCAUACACCUAGAUGAGGUAAAACAAGCUGGACAUAAGCUGUUGGACGGUUGUCCUCUAUCUCUGGACUUCCUACUCAACGAGUGGUUCCCAGGGGAAUUCACUGAAGGUCGACACCGAGCCAUGGUGGAUGUGCAGUUGCUGAUCAAGGUGUUCUAUGAGACACCUCUUCACCAGUUUCUGGACACUCUUCCCAUCUUCAGUACAGAGGAAUGGUACGAGUUUUAUCAGACUAAGAAGGAGAUACAGAAGGACAAGAGAGAGUUUGGAGAUAAACUGCUGUUCU